CGGGAAUUAGACUGCGUUUUAAACAAAAAUAAAUAAAUAAAUAAAUAAAUAAGCAGAAAUGAGGGACGGCGAGCGCGUGGGAGUGUCAUUUUGAAGAAGCCCCGUUAGCAUAGCACGCCUCUGGUGUUUUGACUUCCGUCUCUCUCUCUUUUUCUCUCUGUACGGCUCUGCGAGAUAUGGCUAUUUUUAUUUCAUUUAAUUUUUUGACGCUGUUGUCACCAGCAGCAUGGAGUUGAAGUAAGGCGGAUAAAAACAAACAAACAAACAAAAAACCCUGAAGCUAAGGGAGGUUAGCCGAGUGAAACGCUCAAGUCUUGGACGAUAUCUGAUGACGCCGAUUCCGCGCUGAGCCUGGCUGCUGCUCGAUAAGAGAGAGAGAGGGAGAGAGAGAGAGAACGCUGUCUGUAUUGGUGACACACAGAUGACUGUUCCGUUAUGGUCGUCGCUUGCAUUUAUAUAAAGCUUGGACUUUAAACACAUUCAAUAGCUGGAAAGGUGAAGUUUUCGCGGCGGUAUUAAUGCUGUCGACAGUCACCCCUGACCUGUCCCCGGAGAGCCCCCUACUCGGCACCCUCCCGCUGCCACCAGCUCGCUCACGUACCGGUGGCCCCAGCAGCGGCGCCAACACCCAUCCCCCUGCCGAGCCGCCUGUGCGACCCCACCGGAAGCGCAGCGGCGAGGCCGGAAGUGGCAGUGCUAGCCCACCUGUCCGUGGCGCAAUGGAGGUGGGUAUGCGUGUGGUGCGUGGCAUUGACUGGAAGUGGGGCAACCAGGAUGAUGGUGAAGGCCAUUUGGGCACAGUGGUGGAAGUGGGGCGCCAGGGCAGCACCAGCACACCUGACAAGACCGUAGUAGUGCAAUGGGACAGCGGCACUCGCACCAACUACCGCACCGGUUACCAGGGUGCCUAUGACCUGCUGCUUUAUGACAACGCUCAGAUCGGUGUCCGCCACUCGAACAUCAUUUGCGACAGCUGUAAGAAGCACGGCAUCAUGGGAAUGCGUUGGAAAUGCAAGGUGUGCUUCGACUAUGACCUGUGCACCCAUUGCUACAUGAACAACAAACACGACCUCUCACACGCCUUCGAGCGCUACGAGACUGCACACUCGCAGCCAGUGAGCUUGGCACCGAGGCAAAAUCUGUCCCGGAUAAUCCUUAAAGGAAUCUUCCAGGGCGUAAAAGUCGUGCGUGGACCCGACUGGGAUUGGGGCAACCAAGACGGAGGAGAGGGGAAGAUCGGGAAGGUGGUCGAUAUCCGAGGUUGGGACCAAGAGUCAGGCCGCAGCGUAGCCAGCGUCACCUGGUCCAACGGCACCACCAACGUCUACAGAAUGGGUCACAAGGGCAAGGUGGAUCUCAAAUAUGUCUCAGACGGCCAAGGAGGCUACUACUACAAGGAGCACCUGCCCAAACUAGGUGAACAUGCAGAGCUGCAGAGGCAGGAGAGUGCCGAUGGUCACACGUUCCAGCAAGGGGAUAAGGUAAAAUGCCUGCUGGAUGUGGACAUCCUCAGGCAGAUGCAGGAAGGACACGGAGGCUGGAAUCCUAAAAUGGCAGAGUACAUCUGCAGAAUCGGGACGGUGCACAGGAUAACAGACCGAGGGGAUGUCAGAGUCCAGUACAGUAACAACAUCCGCUGGACUUUCCACCCAGGCGCUCUGACUAAAGUGAAUACGUUUGCAGUCGGUGAGUUAGUGAGGGUACUGGAUGACCUCGAGACUGUGAAGAGGCUACAGGCCGGCCAUGGAGAAUGGACUGACAGCAUGGCACCUGCCCUGGGCCAGGUUGGCAAGGUUUUGAAAGUGUAUGCGGAUGGUGACCUGCGCGUGGCGUUUGGAGGACAAACGUGGACUUUUAACCCUGCGUGCCUCUCGGCUCAGCCUGUCGAGGUGGAUGCCAAUCUGAUGACUGCUGAGAAUCCAAGCGAAUCAAGAACCACAGUCAUUUCAGUCCUGGAGAAGCUGCUGUCGCAGUCCACGGAACAGGAUAACCCUGGGCGCCUGGUCAUCGAGGCUGCUCACGGCAGCGCUGCUAAAGUCCGUGAACUAGUGCAGAAACAUCCGGAUAAGGUGGAUAUAAAGAACCAAGGGAAGACGGCCCUCCAGGUGGCUGCUCACCAGGGCCAUAUGGAAGUAGUGAAGGUCCUGCUGCAGGCCAACGGUAGCAUUGAAGCCAAGGACGAAGAUGGAGAUGCAGCGCUGCACUACACAGCAUUCGGGAACCAAGCUGAAAUCGCACGCCUCCUCCUGAGCAAAGGGGCCAGCGUCAACCUACUGAACAACUCCAUGUGUACAGCGCUCCAUAUUGCUGUCAACAAGGGCUUCACUGACGUAGUGAGGGUACUGACCGAGCACUCUGCCGAUGUCAACCUGCAGGACUCAUAUGGGGACACACCUCUGCACGAUGCCAUCGCUAAGGACUUCAGGAGCAUUAUUGAGAUCCUGACCGUGGUGCGCAAUAUUGACUUUACGCAGCAGAACAACCGUGGCUUCAACCUCCUGCACCACGCCGCCCUGAAGGGCAACAAACUUGCAACAGAGAUGAUCCUGGCACGUGCCCGGCAGCUGGCUGACGUGAAGAAGGAAGACGGCUUCUCUGCUCUUCACCUGGCCGCUCUCAAUAACCACUACGAGGUGGCCGAGGUCCUCAUCAAAGAGGGCCGCUGUGAUGUCAACAUCCGCAAUAACCGCGGUCAGACGCCUCUGCAGCUGGCAGUCACUCAGGGCCACAUGCGACUGGUGGAGCUCCUGGUGAUGGAAGGAGCCAACGUGAACGCCGAGGACGAGGAGGGAGACACGGCCAUGCACACGGCCCUCAGCCGCCAACAACUCGCCACCACCCUGAGCAGCACGGAGAGAGAUGCCUCGAACCUCUAUAGCCGACUGAGCGGCUCAGGGCUGUUGGGGAACACGGAGCUGAAUGUCGGGGCUGCUAUCGCCUGCUUCCUGGCUCAAGAGGGUGCCGAUAUAAACUACGCCAACCAUAAAGGCAAGAGUCCACUGGAUUUGGUGACGGACAGCAUCGUGUUGCAGCUGAUCAGGAGCUUCUCUGAGAAAUACCGACUGCAGGCCGGCACGGGUGGCAGCGGGAGCGGCAGCAGCAGCAGUCUGAGGCGGGUUCACACCACGCCCAACACCAUGACCAACCUAGUCAUGCCCAGCGCACCAGGUCCCAGCGAGUGCCUCAUCUGCUCGGAGCUCGCCCUGCUUGUGCUCUUCUCCCCGUGCCAGCACAGCGUCGCCUGCGAGGAAUGCGCUCACAGAAUGAAGAAAUGCAUCAAAUGCCAGGUCACCAUCACCAAGAAAAUACGGCAAGACCAAACGGAGGUAGACAGCAGUCCAAACUCUGAGAGCUCGGAGCAGCACCAUCUGCUGGAGCAGCUGCAGUCACGCUACAGACAGAUGGAAGAGCGCAUCACUUGCCCUAUCUGCAUCGACAACCACAUCAAGCUCGUGUUUCAGUGCGGCCACGCCUCCUGCAUGGAGUGCAGCUCCGCUCUCAAGACCUGCCCCAUAUGCCGCCAGAGCAUCCGUGAGAGGAUCCAGCUCUUUGUCUGAUCACACAAACAUGGGUUUGUCAUGGCUUACUGUUAGAUGGCGAGGGAGGGAGGGAGGGCUUUUAGGUUGGGGGUGUAGGAUGUGUUGUAUUUAAUCAAUCAGCCUGCCUUCUCCAUCAUCAUUGUCCAGAUUCAGGAAGCCAUGCCCACUCGUGUGAACUUCACCGUUCAUCUUUCUUUCUUUCUUUCUUUUUUUUUUUUGGUGGGGUCAUGUGUGCACCUGCCUUGUCAGGUCAUCAAAAAGAAAAUGCAGAGACACAAUCCUCUGAGGAAUCAUCCACAAACAAAACACCAGUCAUUUCCACUGCAACUCAUCAACUGCUUUCUGUGAGAUUUAUUCCUCUUAUUUGAUUUGUAUUUUUUUUUUCCCAAUUAUUUACCGAGUCUGACUCACUGUAGCUCUGAGAUGUUUACAGACUGACAUUAUCGUUGGAUUCUCUGUGAAAAACCAUAAACCUCUCCACGGAUGUAGAAUCAUUACAGCUGGAUGCACAGCAAUAUGAAUGGAGGUGGGCUAUUUUGUAAGUCAUAGACUGCAGCUUUAAGUUUCACAUUGACAUACCGUACAGCACCUCCCAAAUCCCUCCUAGUCGACCCUGACAAGCUUUCCACAAGCGAAGGAUUAUACAAUGCAUGCUGAUAUGCAUAUUAUCUCUAUGAUAUAUUGUGACAUGGAUUACAUUUGUGGUGUUCUAAGCCGAUCAGUCUUUUUUUCUUUUUUUUUAAUUUAUGCGUGAAGGCAUCCUGGAGCUUCAAGGUCAAGCCAAGAGGGCCGAGCAAGGAAACUCACGGCACCACUACACGUUAAUUUAUUCAUUAUGGUCAACGAAAGGAUAAUUCGCCCAAAAAAAAAAGGUCAUUUACUUUUCUUGGAGAUCAGUUUACAAAAGGACCUUUCCUUUAAGAGAAUACAAGACACUAAAUUGAAGGAUAGGACGAUCUGAAAGAUGUCAAGCAUUAAAACAAACAUUUGAUCCAAACAUGUUCCUUUUGUAAGCUUUACGGAGGAAAAGUGAAUGAAAUCUGAUGGAUGAGCCACCUCAUGCCAUGUUUUUGAAAGCGUGGGCCCUCUGGAUUGACGAUUCUCAUAAUAAUUUAUGUCCUUUGUGUUCGUGUGGUUCAAGGAAAAAAAAAAAAUGGUGAUCCGAGAUCAGGUUUUGGCUUUUGUGUCAUAAUUAAUACGGUUAACACGUUCAUCUAGAAUAAGCUUAUCCUUGAUCUGAGCUGGGACUUUUCAGCGAAUCUUUUAAUUAAAUCAUUCAAAGUGGGACGAUUUUUUUUUUUCUUCCCCCUGAUCUAAUUUUGUACAUUGGCUGUUGAGGACUGCUGCUUAGUUUACUGAUGCAUUAUGGCAGGAAACUGUCCUGUCCUGUGCUUUCGCUGUUUACUAAACUGGGCAAACACUAUACUACGCCUUCACACUUGGAUAUUAGUCAGUAUCCAACCGUUAUUUAUUUUUUAUCCCCCCCCCUCCCAAGAGUUAAAAUGUAAAUUGCAUCAGAAUGGCAAAAAAAAAAAAAAAAGAAAAGCGUAUGCAUUUGUCAAGAAGUGUCUUACCAUUGUCAAUCCAGACCAGCUACAUGACGUGUUUUGUUCUAGAAGGGCUCACUGUACGCAUCGAAGAAAUCUAUUUUAAUUGUUACUAUUUCAUUUUUGUAUUAUAUUCCAUGUCAAACAAAAUGGGGUUUUGUAGAUUUCCAUAUUUGGGCUACUUCAAUAUUAUGAUGUACAUAUAUAUUGGAAUGUCAGUAACGAGAUCCUGCUGCAUCACAGCUUGAGCAUGCUAGCGAAGUAAAAUGAAUAUCAGUGCCAAAUUUAACAUGUCAAAACAAAUUAAGUCACAAGUUCUUCAUACAAGAGUAUGAAGUCUUUUUGUGAACUUCUCGUGAAUUUUCAUUACGAGUUCACAAAACUUGAAGUUUUAUUAUCCCCCUUCAGUUCUAAAAAAAAAAAAUUAUAAUAAUGAUGUUUGGUAACAUCAAACCUAGGAAAGCCUUCCUGUCUUCUUUGAGUAGAUGAAAUAAGAAAUAUGUACUAUAACCAAACUAAACGUUCUGAAAAAGCCACUCGGCAGAGAUUAAACACCAAACGUAGUGUCAUAUUAACCAAGUUGUCUGAUUUUGACAUGUUUUAAAGCAAGAUGUGAAUAGCAGGAUUGUGUAAAAUGCCUUGUGUUUCGUGUUGUAAAGUGUGUUCUUAACCAAGUUGCUGGUUUGGUGGGGGGAAAAAAGGCCCUUUUUUUAAAGGGAAGGUUAGUCCUUUUUUUUUUUUUUUUUCCUCCCCAAACACUUUCAUUGUCUUGAUGGUGAUAGCAGUACAUACAGUAGUUUGUGUAAAAGUGGUCUCGAGGUUGUAUAUCAGCUUAGAACGGCAUUAGAAAUAUUCAACCUAAUUCCACGCCAGAAACGAUCAAUAUGUUCAAUUGGCAUGUUCGUAGUGAGAAUUACGUGUGAGUUGGCAGCAGAUGUUGGAGGGCAAUAAAGACGUAUGCUAUGAUGAUGAUGUUUAAAGGUUAUUUAAAGUGUUACUGUUGAUGUUUGUACAGUUCAGCACGCAACAUUCUGAUGUUGGCCUUACUGUCCAUUUCAGGGUUUUUUUUUUUUUUUUUAAGUUUUACUGUACAAAAUAUUUUGCAAUAAAUAUGGAACUGUUUUAUAAGGAACAAA